UGCCCAUAAAAUAUUAGAUCAACUUUGCACAAAAACGAAAAAGAACAGAAGAAAAAAACGAAAGAUGAACCAGCAACCUACCAGCUUGUGCUAAGGUGAAGCUCUGUUGUUAUACUUAUCUUCCCUUCCUUACCUACCUUGUCCUUAAGCAGCCCAGUAGAGUAGCCCUCUCUCUCUCUCUCUCUCUCUCUGAUACAACCACAAAUUCACCGUGCCCGGAGGGACAUGGCGUAUAAAGGCCUGGACCGUAUCACCGUCUCUGACAUCGAAGCUCUGGGGAUCGAAUCAGAGGCUGCCAAGAGACUCCAUGCAACUCUCACUAACAUCAUCCAAAAUUACGGUCCUGCCACUCCCCACACGUGGCGCAAUAUCACUGCCCAUGUCCUCAGCCCGGAGCUUCCUUUCUCCUUCCACCAGAUGUUGUACUACGGUUGCUAUAAGGACUUCGGACCCGACCCGCCCGCCUGGCUACCCGACUCGGAGACUGCAAAUUUAACAAAUGUUGGCCAGCUACUGGAAAGGCGGGGAAAAGAGUUCUUGGGAUCUAGAUAUAAGGAUCCCAUGUCCAGCUUUUCCGAUUUUCAAGAAUUUUCGGUGUCAAACCCUGAGGUUUAUUGGAAAGCUGUACUAGAUGAGAUGAAUGCAUCAUUUUCUGUACCUCCCCAAUGUAUUUUACGUGAGAACCUGUCUGGGGAUGGCCAGUUAUCAGUUCCAGGAGGUCAAUGGCUUCCUGGAGCAUUUGGGAAUCCAGCAAAAAAUUGCUUGAGUUUAAAUCGUAAGAGGAGCUUGAAUGAUACGAUGGUGAUAUGGCGUGACGAAGGAAAUGAUGAUCUGCCUUUGAAUAAGAUGACACUUAAAGAAUUGCACACAGAGGUUUGGUUAGUUGCACAUGCACUAAAGGCACUGGGUUUGGAGAAAGGAUCUGCAAUUGCAAUUGAUAUGCCAAUGCAUGUCAAUUCUGUGAUUAUCUACCUAGCUAUUGUUCUGGCAGGAUAUGUGGUUGUAUCAAUUGCUGACAGUUUUGCUCCUCCUGAAAUAUCAACAAGACUUAAAAUAUCAGAGGCAAAAGCCAUAUUUACUCAGGAUCUAAUAGUUCGUGGCGAGAAAAGUCUACCUUUGUAUAGUAAAAUUGUGGCAGCACAGUCUCCUAUGGCAAUCGUUAUCCUUACAAAGGGUUCCAAUUCUAGCAUGAAAUUGCGUGAUGGUGACAUUUCCUGGCAUGAUUUUCUAGAAACAGUAAAAGAUUUCAAAGAAGAUGAAUUUGCUGCUGUAGAACAACCCAUAGAAGCAUUUACAAAUAUCCUCUUCUCAUCUGGAACUACUGGGGAGCCAAAGGCAAUCCCAUGGACCCAUGCGACUCCUUUCAAAGCUGCUGCAGAUGCCUGGUGCCACAUGGACAUCCGGAUAGGUGAUGUUGUUUCUUGGCCCACAAAUCUUGGGUGGAUGAUGGGCCCUUGGCUGGUAUAUGCUUCAUUGUUAAAUGGAGCUUCCAUUGCCCUAUAUAAUGGAUCCCCUCUUGGAUCUGGCUUUCCCAAGUUUGUUCAGGACGCCAAAGUUACAAUGCUUGGUGUAAUCCCGAGUAUUGUUCGAACAUGGAAGAGUACAAACUCUGUUUCUGGCUAUGAUUGGUCCACCAUUCGUUGCUUUGGGUCCACCGGUGAAGCAUCAAAUGUUGACGAAUACCUAUGGCUGAUGGGGAGGGCUCGCUACAAGCCUAUCAUUGAAUAUUGUGGUGGUACAGAGAUUGGUGGUGGUUUUGUUUCUGGGUCAUUGUUGCAGGCUCAGUCGUUGGCUGCUUUUAGCACACCAGCUAUGGGCUGCAGUUUGUUUAUCCUUGGCAAUGAUGGUGUUCCCAUUCCACAAAAUGAACCAGGGGUUGGUGAAUUGGCGCUUGGUCCCCUCAUGUUUGGAGCUUCUAGUACAUUACUGAAUGCUGAUCAUUAUGAUGUUUAUUUUAAGGAAAUGCCAGUCUGGAAUGGGAAGGUUUUAAGGAGACAUGGGGAUGUGUUUGAACGGACAUCUAGAGGUUACUAUCAUGCCCAUGGUCGUGCAGAUGAUACAAUGAAUCUUGGAGGCAUCAAGCACUCCAUUUUGUUUGGGCAGGUUAGUUCAGUUGAGAUUGAACGAAUCUGCAAUGAAGUUGAUAGCGAUGUCCUCGAGACAGCUGCCAUCGGGGUCCCCCCUGCUGUAGGGGGUCCUGAGCAGCUGGUACUUGCUGUUGUAUUUAAGAAUUCAGAUAACCAGACUGCAGAUUUGAAUCAGUUGAGAACGUCCUUCAAUUCAGCUGUGCAGAAGAAACUAAAUCCGCUGUUCAAGGUUUCAAGAGUUGUGCCUCUCCCAUCUCUUCCAAGGACAGCAACAAAUAAGGUCAUGAGAAGGAUUUUGCGGCAGCAGUAUGCUCAACUCGACCAAAGUGCUAAGCUAUGACAUAAAUGUUAUUUUGUUACUUAAUAAAGGAAAUGCCAAUCAUUAAGUGAUGUACAAAGACAUACCAGAAAGACAAACAAAAUAUUGUUGCACAAUGUUUCACCCUUCGUACUUUGGGCCGCUAAUGGGCCACUUUGUUAAUUUCGGCGGUUAAUGGGCCUCGAUUUUUGUAAUUUGGGCCACUAAUAAGCAACUUUUUGCAAUUGGCCCUUUGAUGAGUCACAAUUUUGUACUUUGAGCCA